AUGGAUGAUCUCAUGAGCGUAGAUUGGAACGCGCCCGCCGCCAACGCCAGCGCCCAGCAACCGAAGCUGCAGCAGCAGUCGCAGUCGACCCCGACGCCCUCGUUCCCUUCGCUGAAUCCGAGCCCGCUCCCCAGCUUGUCGCGCGGCUCAAGUCCGCUGCCGUCGCAGCUCUCCGGCACCGUCCCCAACGUUGCCUUCCGUGGCAUCAAGCCUUCCUCCAAGCCAUCCACCCCUGCGAACGACAGCUUCUCCUCGCUCCUUGGCUCCAAGUCGACCAAGCCAACGGAUAAUCUGUCGCUGCAGGAGCGUCAGCGCCAAUUGCAGGAGGAGAAAGACAAGCAGCGCAAGCAACUGGAGAGCCAAUUCGGCGCCCCUGACAAUGCCUUCUGGGACUCGUUGGGCAGCGGCAGAAGCACUCCCAAUGCUACCGCCGGCGCUCCUCCGCCGGCGCAGCCGCUGGGUAUGUCAACACUGUCCAGCACCAUCAACAAGCCUUUCGCUGCCAUCAAUGCGCCUGCAAACCGUGCAUCUCCUGCCCCAUCACAGGAUGAAGAUGACAUCCUGGCCGCAUUCAACUCGGAGGCCCCGGUUGACGCGUCUAGUCAUUACCCCGUUCCACAAGCCCCAGCAAGCCGGGGGACUACCCCGAGCCAGGUUACAGCCCCAGGUAGCAACGACGCAAGCUCUCGGGGACAAGGCAGUGGAGCGUUCGGCGAUGACGAUGAUCCAUUUGGCUUGAAUCAAUUGCCAUCGAGGCCGGCAGCUCAAUCAACUGGCCCCUCCGAAUCAAUUGAUCAGGAUGAUGACAUUCUCGGUGAUCUUGGCAAACCCGUGUCUGACCUCCCCCCACGACAACCGGAGCCUCGACAUCAAGAGGAAGAACACAGGAAUGACCGUGCUGAUGUCGCGACACCCAAUAAUGAUCCCCGCGAUGCUGCUGUUGCAGAGUUGGUUGACAUGGGAUUCCCCGCGGACAAGUCUGCGGAGGCGCUAGCCCACACAGAUGGCGGGACGGAUAUUCAAGCUGCUGUCGGCUGGCUGCUUAACCAGGCACACGACGAGGCAAAGAACAAGUCCCGACAGAGGCAAGAAACACGAGGUCGUGCCAGUCCGCUGAGUCCGGAGGGUGAACGGCACAGGAGCUCUUCGGGGCGAAACAACCGAAAUGAGCACGCGGGAGAAAGCGUUCCGGCGUGGAUGCGCGAACAGGGAAGCCGGUCGAGUUCUCAGCGAAGAAAUGAAGGCCGCACACCUACGGAAGAGAGGGAUGUGGCACAGAUGGCCCAGGAAUUCGGGACUAAUUUGUUCAAGUCUGCCAACAGCUUCUGGAAGCAGAGCCAGAAGAAAGUGCAAAAAGCAGUUGCCGAUUUCCAACAGGAUGGCGACCCUAGUCAGCCGAAAUGGAUGAGGGACGCCCAAAGCCACGCAUCCGGGGAUGGCCCAGCUCGAAGGAGCGGGCCCCCGGCGGAACGGCCAGUCACGGAUGAAGCUUUGUUGCUGGAGUCCGGUAUGGGUCCACCUCAGAAACCUAGCCGGGCGACUACCGGCCCCCGUCCUGACAUGCAGGCCUCGGAUCCACGGUCAAGAGGCCAAUCACCGGUUUCCGCGCGCGGCUCUUACCGCUCUACUCCUCCUCCAUCCGAUUUGCGGCAACAGGCACGCGUUGGAAAACUCACACGCGAAGAUGUUGAAGAGCAAUCGGCACAGGCUUAUGUCAGCCCAGCUCGUCGGAAGAAAACGACGCCUAAGCCUUCGGAGCCAGUCCCUGAACCAGAUUUGUUCUCGCCGUCGCAAAGCGCCCCGUCUUCGGGCAGAUCCCCCGCGCCGCUUCACCCGAACAACCCGUUCGCUCCCAAGGCUUCGCCUGCGCCAACAACUCCGUCGGCACCCAAACCUGCUAGUUCGCCAUUGCCUACUCGUCCGCAGGCACCUCCACGACAGAUACCCCCGGUCUCACCCAGCGCCCUAUCAAACUCGGCUUCGCACAGGCAAAAAGGCACCGAAGCCUUCAAACGCGGAGAUUAUGCAGCCGCGCAUACAGCGUAUACAAACGCCCUUCAACCUCUUCCUUCCGGACAUCCCAUCGCAAUCAUUGUUCUUUGCAACCGUUCUCUCACUAAUAUCAAAGUGGGCGAUCCCAAAGCCGCGGUGGCCGAUGCUGAUUCUGUUCUAUCCAUCGUUGGGCCAUCGCGCGGGGAGGGAGAGAAAAUCGCCAUGGGGGGCACGGAAGGGGAAAAGGACAUGAAGGAGUUUUUCGGCAAAGCUUUGAUGCGGAAAGCAGAGGCACUGGAGCACAUGGAGAAGUGGGGUGAGGCAGCCAAAGUUUGGAAAGAGACGGUCGAAGCAGGUGUCGGGGGUUCAGUCAGCAUCCAAGGCCGGAAUAGGUGCGAGAAAGCGGCAGGCGGGGGCUCACAGCAGCAGACCCCGCGUGCUGCGGCUGCACGCCCCGCGCCUGCUGCCAAAAAGGCGGCUGCGGCACGACCGGCUCCCAGGCCAAACGUUUCAGCUGCAGGGUCUGCAGAAGCCGUCAAGAAGCUGCGCGAGGCAAACGCGGCGGCAGAAAAGGCUGACGAUGAGAAGUUUGCGCUGACUGACCAAGUGGAUGCUAAGUUAGUCGCUUGGAAAGGCAGCAAGGCGGACAAUCUGCGUGCACUGCUCGGGUCUCUCGACACAAUGUUGUGGCCUGAAGCAGGGUGGAAGAAGGUUGGCAUGCAGGAUCUAGUCAUGCCAAAUAAGGUCAAGAUUGUGUAUAUGAAGGCGAUUGCGAAGGUGCACCCUGACAAGAUUGCGCAAGAUGCUACGACCGAGCAGAGAAUGAUCAGCGCCGCCGUAUUCGCGACGCUGAAUGAGGCAUGGGAUAAGUUCAAGAAGGACAACAACCUAUAG